GCAGCCCUGGUGGAGCACACAGCAGCGCGCCUGCCUCGGUGUGACGGCGUCACGGCUCUCUGGCAGCAGGCUGCAGAAACAGCAGCAGCCCGGAUGGAUGAAUGGAGGCUCUGACCGUCCUUUCCUUUCCUCUCUCUCUCGGCCUUGAUGGCUAAUGUGGAAUACAGAAAACAAAUGCGGGAAAAGCAGCACCGUAGUAGCGCAAAUUAGAAACCCAGCUCGUUCUUUAAUGGCUUCUGGCUCGGGAGAUGAAGAGGGAAACACGGAAGGCGCUUCAUGGAGGCUCAUAGGCCCGACAGCGGCGCUCUCCAAGCAGCGCUGCCGCCUCGUGCACUCCCCUCUCGGCCGCGACUCGGACGUCUGCCUCUUCUACGUGAAGGGGGAGUUCUUCGCCAUGGAUGCUCGCUGCGCACAUAAAGGUGGUCCUCUGUGUGAGGGGGACAUCGAGGAGGCUGAUGGGGUCCUGCAGGUCUUCUGUCCCUGGCACGACUAUGACUUUAACCUCAGGACCGGCAAGUCAGGGACCUCCUUACAGCAACGAGUGUAUGAAGUCAAGCUGGAGGACGGCAACGUGUACGUGAAACACGCCAGUCGUCUCUCCUUGGAGCCUUUUCCUGCGGAAAAGAAGAGUUGAACAACCUCAGCGCUACACAGCCUCGUCCUCCAGCCCUUCCUGAGGUCUAUUUUUAAAACUCAUUCCACAAACUCAAGCCAUCUGAAACAUUCCUAAGCCUUAUCUGACAUUUUCACAGACCGCUUCUACUUUGAUUGCUGUGAACUCAGGACCAUAUCUAGAGGAUUGUCUGAAGAGGACAUGACAUCAUGAAAUUGUUUCAGAGAUUUUCUUCCUGCCAUUCCGGGUAGAGACUCGUCAUCACAGACACUGACCUUGAUAACACACCAGACAGUAGCAAAUAUGCAACAUGUUUUAAGGAUUCCUGGAGAUAAUAAUAUUAUUAUUUCUGAUGGAAAUAUUACAGUCUAUCUAUUGCCAGUCUUGUUGCACCUGUAUUGCUGGUAAUUUCUGUUUUGGCAUACAGAUUAUCCCAAAUAUUAUCUCUCAUUUAAACUACUACUAUGAGGAACUUUAAUUUUUGUGUUGAUUUUAGUGGUCCCUGUGGAUAAAAGCGGGAGUGUUUCCGAGCACCAGAGUCCCUUUAGAAAACCUCUUAUUUUACUGCAGCGGGGUCUGACAGUCUGCCCCGCGCCAUCCUGGUUCUGGUUCUCCCGUGCCUCCCUUCCCUCCAGUGGGCCCAGAAAUAUGGCCUUAGCCUCCAGCAGUGUGGUGUCGGUAUUGACUCCCAGCGUGGCAGUGAGGCAAAGCUCUGCUCCUGGCUGGAGGAGGAGCCGCUCCUGCCAGAGCUCCGACUGCAGGUCAAAGGCGGCAGCGAAGCCCGAUCUGGGUCUGUCCACAACGGGCUGGUCGCUGGUGAAUCUAAAUAGUUUUGUCUGAUUUUUUUGGAGAAUCGGACCCGAUGACAAGCAUUAAGAAAAUAACUAUAUAGCCAAUAUUCUCACUGAUUUUACUUAUGUAGGUCAUAUAGAGGCAUCAGUAUGACCUUGAUACUGUUUCUUAACCAGUUAAAAGCUCCUUACAGUAACUUUUUAUUCCAAAUGAUUAUUUGCUUAAUUGCAAUGAGGGGAUGAAUUCACAUGCAGCCCUAAAUGACGCCUUUGUGUCAUGUUCGAGGUAAUAAGAGUAGUUACAAUAUAUGCAACAUGCAGUAUUAAUCUAGUGAUUUGUAAAUGCAGUUCAAAUGGACAACAUGCACACAAUUAAUAGUACAGAUGAGUGAAAAACAACAUGUAGAUUCUGAUUAUCAGUUAUGUGUGUUGGUAAUUUUGACGUCACAACUGACUGCAGGUGUAUUUCAAUAAGUAAUACAGUAAUACAUUCAUGAGUAUAAAGCUUCCACUCACUUCAGUGGAAGAAUUUGUAGAAUCAUGAAACAGCUGAAGCGUGAUGACAGUUCCUUUCAGCAGCUAAUAUCUAAUUAAACGAAACAGUCUCCUGGUCAUUACUACCAAUAAGAUUUCCAUGUCUUUAACAAGCGUUACCAGAGGUCUUAAACCCGCCGACGAGCGGUCACACUUGCUGAGUUGUGGCCUUUGGACACAUUUAGACAUUUAUUCCAGUGAUGUCACGCAACAGAAACUCCCUUUCAGGAAUUGUACUUCUGGACAUUUUCUUUCAAUCCAAAUAGAGUUCCAGCACGUAGGACACACAUGAAGGGCACUGCAAUUAGUAUUGGUGGCAGUCCCGGUGUUUAAACGUCUCCAUCAGCGUUUCUCUCCGUUCUGGCUCGUGCACAGACACGUUUGUCCGUUACUGACGCAAUGGGACUCAAAAAGAAAUGGGUAGUGAGGCGCCGGAGGAAGGUUCACGACCUUAAAUGCACCAUUGACUCAAGAAAAAUGUGUUUUUCUAGCUUUAUGUGUGUGUGCACUGAUUCGAGUGUGUUUUCUUUAUUUCUUAGUGGUGAGGGCAGUCACUCACUAGCUCAAUCUUCUGGCGGAGGCACAGAGCCCAGUCACGGAGGUGUCAGUGACAGUGUGGCUCAGCGCUCUCAUUUUCCUCCCCGCUGGGCAACUUUAUUACAACAAUAAUUCCACUGGCUAAAAAUGUCUGUUGUGUGCACCAGAGAUUUUUCUCUGUGCUUUAUAACUCAUCACCUGCAGGGUGAAAAAUGGGCAUACACAAAUGGAGAUGUAGCUAUUUUGUGUCGAUAGAAAAGUGAACAUUGUUCAGGAUGCUGCACAGGUUAAGAGUGGUUUCCUUUAUUUUUUAUAUCUGGAUGUUACAUCCCGUGAGUCUCUCUGAGAAAACCAGCAAUCAUGUCAGCCUGUUGCUAUAUGUUUCUUUAAAGUUAUUUCAUGUGCUCUGCUAAUUUUAAUGCAUUUUGCUUCUUGUUUAUGUUAAAACUGCCUGCAGACUGCACACUGCAACUUUAGGCACAUUUCAUUUCAACUACCUAUCACAUGUACUGUAAACUCUUGUUUUGUUUGUUGUAAACUUUAUUUAUUGUUGUGACUGAACGUUUUAUCUGUAUUGUUUAAUUCAUAAUUAAAUUAUUGUAUCUUU